GACGACGACGAUGAUGACUGCACUCGUCAGCGGCAUCAAUAUCCGUCUGACUUUGCCUUAGCCUCUCUCUCUCUCUCUCUCUCUUUACGGAGUACUUUUGAGGUAUAUGGAAGCAAAUAUUAGUUGAUGCCUCGCCUGGAUGACGAAGCACCUACCUUACUUUUGUUAAGGUAUCCAGGUAGGGUACGUAGGUAGGUAAAGAAAUAUCCCAGAGAUCCAGAAAUACUACUAGAGGAAACACCAGACGAAUGGUCCUUCCGUCCAGGUUUUUCAGAGUAUCCCAUGUUCCUCUGCACCUGCUAUGCCGCGACGCCCACCAGCAACUUCUUUCCUCCACUGUCGUAAAUUUCGAGCUGCACUUGCCUCAUCCACCACAUAUCAGGUACGUAUCCACAGUCAUGGGAAACGAGGAAAGAACCAACACAUCAAAGCUUCCUCGCCAGAUAUUCUACCCUCAGGUGCUUACCUAAACCGUAGACAGUCCACAGAAAAAAGUUGAGAAAU